ACGGGCGAGGAGGCGGCUCCUCCUUCCCGCGCGUUUUGUCCGUCCACUCCCUAGCCGGGGCGGCCUGGCCAAGCGGCUGCCUCGUUAGCAAGGAGCGUGCGGUCAAGGGAGUUCAGCGAUUUACCAGAAUGGCCCCUGGGAAGCAGUCAAGGGACAAGAAACUACAAAAGUCUCAUGAGUGUCCAUCAGAAAAAGAGGCAAAAACAACUGGGAAAAGGAAGCGAGAUACCAGAGAGCUGGAAAAUGAGCCACAUGCAAAUAAAUUACUUGUGAAAAAAGCCCCCAAGCUUCUGGAGAAAAUGGGAGAAGCUUUCCAUGGAUCCAUGAUCAGAAAAACAGGAGUGUUCUUCUAUCAGCGAGAGACACAGAAGAACAUUGUCCAUUAUCUACAUCAGAAUAUGUUGGGUGGUGCUAUUGGGACACAGCUCAGAAAGUGUCUCCAGGUGCCCUUUGUACGUUCCCUCUAUUCGUACCGCCUGUUCCGAACAGCAAGUCCCUUUGACAGGAGGGUUACAUGCUUGGAAUGGCAUCCAACACACCCCAGCACAGUUGCUGUGGGCUCCAAAGGUGGCGACAUCAUACUUUGGGAUUAUGAAAUGCUUAAUAAAAGCUGCUUCAUAAAAGGGAAAGGCCCAGGAGACUCUCUUGGAGGCAUGAAAUUCAGCCCAUUUGAGUCGGCAAAUCUUUAUGUGGCAUCAGGGGAUGGCACCCUUAGUCUACAGCACCUUGAGGGCCAACCAGCGCAAGUGAUCUCCCGCACCCCAGUCUGUGACCAUGAAUUCCAUGAUGUUUGUUUCUGGUACUGCAGUGUUGAUGUAUCUGCAACUUGCCGGACUGUGGCGACAGGUGAUAAUGUGGGCAAUGUAGUUCUGCUCAGUACUGAGGGCGAAAAGGUAUGGAACCUGAAACUGCACAAAAAGAAAGUGACUCACGUGGAAUUCAAUUCUCACUGUGAUUGGCUCUUAGCUACAGCCUCUGUGGAUCAGACAGUAAAGAUCUGGGAUCUGAGAAACAUUAAGGACAAGUCAAGUUGUCUUCAUGUACUUCCACAUGAUAAACCGGUUAAUGCAGCUUAUUUCAGCCCAACAGAUGGGGCUAAGCUACUGAGUACUGACCAGUACAACGAAAUCCGGGUCUAUUCCUCUUCUGAUUGGUCCAAACCCCAGCAUUUGAUUUCACAUCCCCAUCGGCAGUUCCAGCACCUUACACCUAUCAAGGCGACAUGGCAUCCUCGCUAUGACCUCAUUGUGGUGGGUCGUUACCCAGACCCUAAGUUCCCAAGCUACACAGUGGGCGAGCUGAGAACCAUUGACAUAUUUGAUGGAAACAGUGGGGAGAUGGUGUGCCAGCUGCAUGAUCCAAACGCAUCUGGAAUUAUCUCGCUCAAUAAGUUUAACCCUAUGGGAGACACACUGGCUUCUGGAAUGGGUUUUAAUAUUCUGGUCUGGAGUCGGGAGGAAAUGGUAACCCAGAAUCAGGAGUGUCUCAUGCAGUCUAUGACGGGGCAGGGAAUGAGAUGCAGAAGCUUAUCUCGACUGGGGACACAGAACCAAAGACAAUCAACCGCAGGAGCAAGCAAACUUAAAACUAAACUAUUUAGUCUUGAAUUAGAGAGCACCAAAACAAAGGGCAAAGAGCAUAAAGAGAAGAAGAAGAGAGGAAAAUAUUCAGAGGACUGAUCAGGCAAGCAUAUGUGGUGUUCAUUUAGAGCAAAGCCUGUGCUGGCAUGGUAGGCAAUGGUGGCUUCAGAGAGAAGGAAGCCCUUACCCUAACCCAGCUUCUCUGGAUCAUGGAUGUUAUGUUCCUGGAUCAUGGAUGGUAUGUUUCAAAAUCCUUUAUUAAGAGCAAAGAAUGGGUCCACGCUCAAUACU